GAAGCCAACUGAUCGACUUCGAUUGUGUUUCCAUCUGAGAUCUUCCUGAAUAUUCUUACCGGAAUUGUGCGUGCAGCCCACGCGAAUGGCACUCUCGCAGCCCGCCUUCUCCGAGCCACACAUAGAGAUUCCCUUCUCCCUCGACGAAUAUGAAGAUCGAGAUGCACCCGAAUUCCGACUGCAAGACCGGCUGAACUUUUGGGACGGCCCCAUCCGCGCUUUUCUCGCACGACGUGGAUAUGAGCUGUAUAAUAUCUGCCGUAUCGCGGACGACGGCGCCGACAGAUUCGCUUUGACGUAUCCGGCUCUGGCAACUCCCCGCCGCCCGUUAGACGACGACCGCUAUGCGUUCAUGGACCCAGACGACCGGGAUAGGAACGCGGAAGAGGCUCGGGAGAAGACGCUCUAUGCUCAGAUGGAGACGGCUUAUGCUCGGGAAGCUCGGGGACGAGCGGUCUUUGCUCAGCAUAUCGACAGGCCGGAUCGUCACGUCGCAGUCAAGCUUGUGCGGGACAAGAGCGUCGAGAUACAUGUGCUCAAGCUGAUUCACGAAAGAUCCAAAGAGAAGCCGGUGCGCGGACUGAUUCCUGUCCUGGAUAUCAUACCCUUUGGUGGCCACUGGCUGGUUGUCAUGCCAAGAUGGGGUGAAGGCAUUAUGGCACCGUUCCCGACGACUAUUGGACCCGUCCUGAACCUCCUCGAGGAUUUGUUCGAGGGUCUCGCGUUUCUCCAGUCACAAUAUCGUGCACAGGGUGAACCUCCAAAUCUGCAGCGCUUCGUGAACACCCUGGUCAACCACGUACCUGUCCUGGCGACUGAAAUAGAUGACCCUCCGGCGACCCGACAAGCGCUGCGAGACGCAGGCGUUCUGCGGCAUGCGAUCUUCGACUUUGAUGUUGCGCUGAUCUUCCCUGAUCGAGCCUCCGCCCGGCUGCCCUAUGCUGAAUUCUGGCUCGGGGCAUACAAGUGGACUGACGAAAUAUAUCAAGGAGAAUACGACUACGACCCGUUUGCGGCGGACGUGUCUAUCUUGGCCGGGGAUCUUUGCGUCGAUCUGCAGUACCAUACACCUUAUGUGCCCAUCCUGGCACCUCUGUUCGACGGGAUGCUUCAUUGGCAUGUCCCGUCUCGGCUGACAGCGUCCGGGGCACUUGGCCUGCUACGCUCAUUGAGAGCCGAGAGCGGGGACCUGGAUAAGCAGCCACUUCCUGCGGUCAAGAAGCGGUUCAUUCAUGUGACGGAAUACGACCGGUGGGCGGGAUUGCCCGACGACUUUGUCAAGCGGUGGGGGCAUCUUCGGACCCCGCCGGUUCCUUGGACAAGGUCGUUCCUUCGAAGGAUUUGCAGAUAUAAAUUCCUCGCAAGGUGUGUGCGUUUUCUCAGAGCAAAAGGGUUGUAUUGA